AUGGCACAGGAUUCAGGAAUGGACCCACUUGUGGACAUCGAAGAUGAGAGACCCAAGUGGGACAACAAACUCCAGUACCUCCUGAGCUGCAUCGGUUUUGCUGUGGGGCUGGGGAAUAUAUGGAGGUUCCCCUACCUAUGCCAGACCCAUGGGGGAGGGGCCUUCCUCAUCCCCUAUUUCAUUGCCCUGGUCUUUGAGGGGAUCCCACUUUUCUACAUCGAGCUUGCCAUUGGCCAGCGGCUACGGAGGGGAAGCAUUGGAGUGUGGAAGACCAUCUCCCCCUACCUCGGCGGAGUAGGUCUGGGCUGCUUCUCAGUGUCCUUCCUCAUCAGCCUGUACUACAACACCGUUCUCCUGUGGGUUCUAUGGUUCUUCCUCAACUCCUUCCAACACCCGCUGCCCUGGAGCACCUGUCCAUUGGAUCUCAACAGAACAGGAUUUGUGCAGGAAUGCCAGAGCAGUGGCACCGUGAGCUAUUUCUGGUAUCGACAGACUCUGAAUAUCACAUCUGACAUCAGCAACACAGGCACUAUCCAAUGGAAGCUGCUCCUCUGCCUGGUGGCCUGCUGGACAACUGUGUACCUGUGUGUCAUCAGAGGCAUUGAGAGCACAGGGAAGGUGAUCUACUUUACAGCCCUAUUUCCUUACCUGGUGCUAACCAUCUUCCUCAUCAGAGGUCUGACACUGCCUGGAGCAACAGAGGGCCUGACCUACCUGUUUACUCCCAAUAUGAAGAUUCUUCAGAAUCCUCGGGUGUGGUUGGAUGCAGCCACCCAGAUUUUCUUCUCUCUGUCCCUGGCCUUUGGAGGGCAUAUUGCUUUUGCAAGCUACAACCCACCCAGGAACAAUUGUGAGAAGGACGCCGUGACUAUUGCCCUGGUCAACAGCCUGACCUCCCUAUAUGCAUCCAUCACCAUCUUCUCCAUCAUGGGUUUCAAGGCAUCCAAUGACUAUGGGAAGUGCCUGGACAGAAAUAUCUUGAGCCUCAUCAAUGAGUUUGACCUUCCAGAGUUUAGCAUCUCCAGGGAUGAGUACCCAUCUGUCCUCAUGUACCUGAAUGCCACUCAGGCUGAGAGGGUGGCCCAACUUCCCCUGAAGACCUGCCAUUUGGAAGAUUUUCUUGAUAAGAGUGCCUCGGGCCCAGGCCUGGCCUUCAUCGUUUUCACAGAAGCUGUCCUGCACAUGCCAGGUGCUUCUGUGUGGUCUGUGCUCUUCUUUGGGAUGCUAUUCACCCUCGGUCUGUCCUCCAUGUUUGGGAACAUGGAGAGUGUCAUCACACCAAUAUUUGACAUGGGGAUCUUACCCAAAUGUAUACCCAAGGAGGCUACGACUGGGGUGAUUUGCCUUGUCAGUUUCCUCACAGCCAUCUGCUUCACACUGCAGUCUGGAAGCUACUGGCUGGAGAUCUUUGACAGUUUUGCAGCUUCUCUGAAUUUGAUCAUCUUUGCCUUCAUGGAGGUGGUGGGGGUCAUUCACGUUUAUGGGAUGAAACGGAACAUUUUCCCUCAAGAGAGGAGAAGCUCUAUCCAGGCUGGGUUCAGGUCACCUGUGUGCUCCUGUCCUUCCUGCCCUCACUGUGGGUCCCUGGAGUUGCUCUGGCUCAGCUACUGUCCCAGUACAAGCAGAAGUGGAAGAAUACACAUCUGGAAAGAGGUCUGA